UUAAGGAAAGUAAAAAUAGAAGAAGUUCAGUUCAUGUGAAAUAUUACCUCUGAUUUAGAGGGCUCUCUUUCACGUGUUAUUAAAUCAUAACAUGAGUAAAAAAUUGUGGCGUCUUGAGAUGAAAGUAAUCUGUUAAAGUGAGCAUUAAGCUCACAAAGAGAUCUUCAAGGAAUCUUGCUGCUCAGUGUAUUAAAAUCUUAGGGAGUGAUAUCAUUUAUAUCAAUCACUUUAAGUUUGUGAGCAAUAGGAAGCUCGACUCAAAUUCAACACAGUUGAGGCACUAUUAUGUGCGGAAGGUUGGGAUGAAGCACUCCAUGAGAUAAGGAAACAAUCAUAUGAGACAAUCUUCUCCCCCAAAAAGGUGACUAAUCAUUGUAUAAACAUCUCUAUCAUGGAUGAAAUGCUUAAAGUAAUAGAAGAAUUUUUCAAUCUGCCAUUGGAUGAGAAAAUGAGAUAUGCUUCAGAAAAUGUGAUGGAUCCAGUAAGAUAUGGAACAAGCUUGAACACUAGCAGAAAACAUGCCCUCCAUUGGAGGGACUUUCUGAGGCACUAUGGUGGUCUAGUUCCACAUACCUAUCACCUUUGGCCAGAUAAUCCUCCUAGCUACAGGCACGUUGCAAAGGAGUACUUAAAGGAAGUUUGGCAACUUGCGGUAAAAAUCUUUGGUGCAAUAUCAGAAGGAUUAGGCCUUGAUCCAAAUUACAUAGAGAGGUCACUUGGAGAUGAAGGGACUCAAAUAAUAGCUGCAAAUUACUAUCCACCAUGUCCUGAGCCAAACAAAACAUUGGGACUUGCUGCUCAUUCUGACCAUGGUGGUCUAACAAUUUUGAUGGACAAUGGCAUUCAUGGCUUGCAAAUUAAACACAAUCAAACAUGGUUUCUUGUUCCCCAUGACCCUGGCACUUUCAUUGUCAACCUAGGUGAUUAUUUGGAGAUAUUGAGUAAUGGGAGGUACAAGAGUGUAGAGCAUAGAUCAGUGGUCAAUGAGGAGAAGACAAGGAUCUCUAUAGCAGUGGGUCAUGGCCCAGAAAUGGAUGCAAUAGUUGAGCCAGCAAGCCCACUUAUCCAAGAAAAGAGUGAAAGCAAAUAUAGGCCCAUUUUAUACAAGGAUUAUAUUAGAGGCCAACAAAGUACUGUUAAGAGAGGGAAAACUGCAUUGCAUGAGAUAAUGACUUCCGCGGACAACAAUAAAGAGGAUCAAAUUUGAGAAGUUGAAUUUGUUGAUUCUCAGAUACGAUUGUAUCAAAUAAACAAUAUAAAAUUAUAAUGACCAGUCAUUAAUGUGUGGUAUUUAAAACGUCUUCCUGGUUAUAUAUUGUGAAUCUUUUCGAUAAACCUCUAGAUCUUGCAUAUGAUUUUGUUUCUAAGAAUCUUUGUAAUGAAAUAUUUUUGGAGAGAUGAUAUAGCCCUUAAUCGCAUU